AUGUCUCGAUACGGCUGGUCCACGAAUCGGGAUCAGGUAUCCCCCUACUCGUCCACCCUGAGCGGCGUGCCCGACGUCACCGACGAAGACUUUAGCUACAUCACCACCGAAGACCUCCAGUCCGCCCCCUUGGGAAGCUCCGUCCCCACGAGAUCAUACGCCCACCAGCCCCGAUCCCGCGGCAGUGCCGUCCCCGAAGACGAUGUGCUGCUCAUCAAGAACAAGGGAGUCACCUAUCCCGCCCACUUCCCCGCGUACGCCAUUGGCGACGGCAAGCUGCGCGUUCGCGACGUCCGAGACCGCGUCGGUGUCAUGCUCGAGCUGUCGGAUCGCCGCGUGCGCCGUACCAAGCUUCUCUACAAGGGCCGCCAGCUGAAGGAGCCCGCCGCGCCAGUUCGCGACUACGGGGUCAAGAACAAUAGCGAAGUCAUGGUGGUGCUGCCGGACGGCGAGGUCGACGCCGACAGCAGCGAUGACUCGGACGAGGAGAUGGUCGUCGUGGCCGGCGACGGCGCCAGCGCCGUGGGCAGCACUGGCGGCACCGACGACGGAAAGAAGCGCCGCAGUAAGAAGAAGGGCCGCAAGUCCAAGAAGCGCAGCAGCAACACGAGCCCGCGCGACAGCGCCUCAAAUCUUGGCGUGCCCGCCCAGGACGGCCAGCGACCGUCGUCCCCGAGCGGCCAGGCCACCGGCCCUCACGCGAAGCUCGAUGCCAUCGCUGCCAAGUUCGACGCGGACCUGCGCAAGCCUUGCGAGGACUACAUUGCCUCGCCCCCUACGGACUCCAAGAAGAGAGUCGACGAACACCGCAAGUUAUCCGAGACGACGAUGCAACACGUGCUCUUGAAACUCGACGAAGUCGAGACAGAAGGUGACCCGGAUGCCAGAGCCAAGAGGAAGGCACUGGUCCAAGAUGUGCAGGAUGUGCUGAGGCGUCUCGACGCAAGACUUCACAACUGA